AUGUCGCAGCUCGCGAUAAUCCUACUAUAUGUUUAUACGUUAUUCUUCGACAUCGCAUAUACAUGGGAACAUAUCUCGGGGCCUGAUCUUGAAUCUAUUCUCAAGAAUAACGAAGCAGCAACCGUAGUCGUUUGUAACAAGAAGACGGAACAUUUAGAAACGGAAUGGUCACUAGCGCUUCCCGAGGCAAAAGUGCCGUUUGUCAGUAUCGACUGUACGGCGAACGCCGCUAUAUGCGCUUCACAUGGAGUCUCUUUAUCUACAACUGUGAAAUUAUUUAGCAAGGGAGAACCUGUAUCAACAUAUACAGGCCCUCGAAGAGCAUCAGCUCUUCUCGCUUGGGCUGACCGCGUACAGCGCCCCGUUAUUUCAGAGGUUAAUGCUGCGACGUUAGAGGAUUUCAAAAAGGCAGACGAGACAGUCUUCAUCGCCUACCUCAGCACGGACGACGAGGCAUCCAAGGCUGCUUUCGCCGAUGUGGCGGAUCGGUACCGCGAAGAAUUCACGUUCGGAGUGGCGACCGAUGACGAUGCUCUGGAGGUAGAGAAAGUAACCGCGCCGGUCGUUAAAUGUUACAAACCGCUCGACGGUGAUAUACAUGACUUCGACAACCCUUCAGAUGCCGCCGCACUCGAAGCCUUCGUAAAGGGGGCCUCGCGGCCGGUCAUAGGGGAGCUUCUACCACACAACCAUCAGCGGUUCCUCGACCGUGGAUGGUCAAUGGUCUACGUCUUUGCUGCUACGGAGGCAGAGCGCGCUGGGAUACGAAAAGACUUAAACAAGAUAGCUCGCGGUAACUACAAGAGCCUAACCAUGGUCACUGUCGAUCCCCUCGAGUUCCCCGAUCUCCCCGCGAAGCUCGGUCUUGAUCCAACCGUGCUUCCAGCCGGCGCAGUCCACCAACUCUCGAAGGAUAGGAUCUACCUUUACCCCAAGGGCAAGGGGUGGUCCUCGAGUGAGGUUCAAGGCUGGGGUCUAGAUGUCUGGCAAGGACGCAUCAAACCCUGGACGCCACCCGGCGUGACAACUACGUACGAUGACCACCUAGGCGGACGGAUCAAGGCUACUCAAAAAAUAUCAAUGAGGAAGAUACCAGGUGUCAAAGUCAAGGUGGCGGGUCGCGAUGAGCUCUAA